AUUCUCAACUGUACGUUUCGCAGCGUUGAUUCUCUUUGGGAAGCCUUCUACCAUUCUACGACAACUGGGUGGUUUGCAUCUUCCUAAACCCAGAGCUUCAUGUAACUCGAAGAAAAUCAAACGUUUCAGAUGUCAAUUGGACGAUUCACACAAUGCUGGCUCUUCGUGAUUCUGUUUGCGGCCACAGCAGCCUAUGCAUCUUCGGGGGACCGUGCAGAUAUAUACACAUCGUGUGUCUCUCUGUGUUCUAAGCGGUUCUGCGGUGAAAGUUCGCCCAAUCAACUAUCCCUCCUACUACGCUUGACACGUUGGACGUGUACCGACGAAUGUAGAUAUGGUUGCAUGCACCUCAUUACCGACCAAGCCAUUGAGCAGGGGACCAAAAUACACCAAUAUCAUGGAAAAUGGCCAUUCUGGCGAUUCGCUGGAAUGCAGGAACCAGCUUCUGUCGCUUUUUCCCUCUUCAACCUAGUUUACCAUGUGAAGGGGUUCACUGAAAUUCAAGCCAGGGUGCCCGAUGGUCAUCCUAUGAAACGUUACUACCUGGGCUUUGCCCUCGUCAGUAUCAACGCCUGGAUAUGGUCGUCUGUCUUCCAUACACGAGACCUGCCUACCACUGAGAAACUCGACUAUUUCUCAGCUGCUGCUGCGAUUCUCUACGCCAUUUAUUAUACCGUUGUCAGACUCUUUCACCUCUAUCGAGAUGAUCGCGACCGUCUAACAAACCUAGAGUCACAACCACGAAUCAUCUAUAAACUCUGGACAGCUAUCUGCGUCACCCUCUUCAUAGGGCAUGUUUCGUAUCUCACCCUAUUACCCCGCUUUGACUAUACAUACAACAUGGCGUUCAACCUCAUCAUCGGAAUGAUGCACAAUCUCCUUUGGUUAUUAUAUUCUCUUCCGUCGUCAGUGCAACUCAUCCGCCGAUUCCCUUCUCGUCCUCGAUCAUACCGUCCGACGUACGCUAACAAGCCUGGGAUCUUCGUCCUACUCAUGACGGCUGCGACGUCUUUGGAGCUGCUGGACUUCCCGCCAGUGCUGAGGAUCAUUGACGCACAUUCGCUCUGGCAUUUGGCCACAGCACCGAUUGCUGCGUUGUGGUACGAGUUCCUGAUAGAGGAUUCACUUGAUGAUGGCUGGAGAGGGCAGAGAAAAUAGAGCCCCAACAUCAUUGUAGGGUUAUGAAGUUUUCUGAAGGACCACUUGUAUCACGCACUCCUUUCGUCAGUACUGCAUCAUAGGCUUCCUAAUAUUCUCUCUUUGGGGACAUUAUAAUUGCAAUGUAACUUAUGAGGUCAUCGGUGUUCA